UGCCCCGCACUUCCAAGCUACAGCCUCUCAUCUUUCAGACAGCAGCCCUGGAGAAACCCACUCCCCUCUCUGCAAUGCAACCAGCACAGCCACCAGUCCAGAGACAGAGGAAGUUGGGAUCCUGAAACAAUGAGGACGGUUAGCCCCAGAUCCCGACAGCAGCCCCUUUAAACCAGUGCUGCAUGGCUCCUGCUAGGUGAGGUUCCUCCUUCCCUCUCCAGCUGCUGAAUGACUUGCAGGGAAGCCAGAAAGGAAGGUUCUGCCUCUAUCUGCAGAAACUCUUCCCAGAUCCCAGGACUGACGCAUGUGAGGUGCCAGCAAGAGACUGCAAGCAAGCCCCUGCUUCCUCAUGUAACCUCGCGGCUGGAGCCAAGCUUGGGACUUACUGCAGCUUGUGCCUCUCCAGUGCCUUCUCCUCCCCAGAUGGGAGCGCCUUGCCUGGAGCCACCUUCCCAUGUAGGAGGAGGCAGCGCCCAGGCAGAAGGAGAGAUGCAACCCAGUGAAUAAACUGUGGAAAGCAGUGAGGUUUCUAUUUUGGGGCCGGGCGGGGUGGGGAGGCAAAGGGGAAAUGGAUGAAACAAACUUGGAUGCUAGGAGGGUUCUUCAAGCACGGCACGGACCUUGGUAACGCUUAGAAAGGAAAGGAAGGAAGAACACGGAUGCGCUGCUCCAGCCUUCUCCAUGCACUGUUAUCAAUUUUUGUUCCAGGCACUUUCUGAUCCCAUGUGGUUUUAAAGGUGCAAGAACUGUGUGUGUGUGUGUGUGGGGGGGGUGUUUCUGACACCUCCUUUCCUGGGGGGUUUCUGACUGCAAAGGAGGGGAGCACAACUCCUUACCUUCACCCCCCAGGAAUGAGCCAGCUUUAAGGGAUUUUUGGAGAGAGUCCAGCUCAGAACUGAUUUUCUUCAUUUUAUGUAUUUAUCUCUCUUUUUUUUUUAAAUUUUGGCAAGCGACAUGCAGCACGUCAGCCUCCAAAACCUUUCCAUAUGUUUCCAGCUCUUAAUGCUCUCCUGUCAAACCCAGGGGGAGAAUCAACCGUCUCCUAAUUUUAACCAGUACGUGAGGGACCAGGGCGCCAUGACAGACCAGCUGAGCCGAAGGCAGAUCAGAGAGUACCAGCUCUACAGCCGGACCAGUGGCAAACACGUCCAGGUGAACGGCAAAAGGAUCACCGCCACGGCAGAGGAUGGCAACAAAUUCGCAAAGCUGAUUGUGGAGACAGACACCUUCGGGAGCCGGGUCCGCAUCAAGGGAGCCGAGAGCCAGAAAUACAUCUGCAUGAGCAAGAGGGGGAAGCUCAUUGGAAAACCCAACGGCAAGAGCAAAGACUGCAUCUUCACGGAGAUCGUGCUGGAGAACAACUACACGGCCUUCCAGAACGCCCGCCACGAGGGCUGGUACAUGGCCUUCACGCGCAAGGGUCGCCCGCGGAAAGCCACCAAGAGCCGCCAGAACCAGCAGGAGGCGCACUUCAUCAAGCGCCUCUACCGUGGCCAGCUGCCCUUCCCCAACAACGCCGAGCGGCAGAAGCAGUUUGAGUUCGUGGGGUCCUCCUCCCCGACGCGCCGGACCAAGCGCACCCGCGCCCCCCGGCCCCUCACGUAGUGCCCACUGCCCCCCCCAGGCUUGGCAUGGCGCUGCCGGCCCCUGCGGGGCGAAGGGAGGUGCUGUCUGCCCUCCCCACGGCUAGAGCCACGCCGCUGCCCCACGCCGCACCUAGGCCCGUGCCGUCUGCCUCCCCUCACGCCGACCCGCUCCGCUGCCCCCUUCUGGACGUAGGACUGAUUCUCUUGCACAUGGCACGAUCACCGCUACCCCGCGUUGCACAGGGCCGGGUUUCCUGCCCAUCCCCGUGCACAUCCAUCGUGCUGCACGUUGCCACCCCAUCACCCUGUAUUUUUUUUAAACAAAGAUGCUCUAUUUUUAUACUUGGAUUCUCCUAGGCACAAAGCAAUAUUAACACAGGCGUCAGGCAGGGGACAGAAGGUGUUUUUUGUACAUAGAUAUAACCCGGGCAGGAUUCCCCUUUGUUCUAGAGCAGCCCCCCUACCCACCUUCCCCGGAACAACUCCCAAAAUUCAACACCCGGCCCUUCUGUGCAACAGCCCCUGUUGGGACGGCAGCAGAAGGCAAUUUGUUUCGGAGACUUCCGGGUCUGACCCGGCCCUCCGCAUCAGCCCACCCAGAGACCAGGCCUGGCAGCAGGUUGGGCUAAGAUCAAGGGUUCUGACGGGUGAGAUCUGUUAGCCCGCGGGACACAGUGGGACGAGACUGCUGCCUGGACCGCAGGGAAGGAUCCUGCCUUGCAAUGCGGAUGACUGAACGGGCCUUUUUUCUCCCACAUGUAUUUAGUAAAUAACUGCCGUGCUGGAGACGGUCCACAUGGCCCCCGGCACCAACGACUCCAGAGGACUCAGGGGUCGGUAGAGCAGCAGAGGGGGUGCGAUCAUUCUGCCCUGUCAGAGGGGUGGUAGAUGUUGGUCGGUCUGUCUGUCUAUGGUGCUUAGCUGGCCCCAUUACUGCAGUCCCUUGCAAUCUGUCACGUACCCGUCUCCCACCAGGCAGGGCGGUGCUAUGAGCUCCUGUGGACAGAGGGGGAACGGAGCCACAGAGAGACUAAGGCCUGGUUUGUAUGUAAAAUGUAGAUUGGCCCGUCUAGGUCACACGGGGGACAUAGGCAGUGAGUUAUAUGGGCCCGCAGGCCUGCUACACUGAAGUUUGGGGUCCGGUCUCUUCCCCCAGCCCUGUCUGCCGUCCCAGUGUCCCUCAAUGCUGCCUCCUGCCCCCAUGCGCCCCCCGGCGUGUCUCCCAGCCCCAGCAUCCCCCACCCUCCCUGCACUCACCCCACUCUCUCCCAGAGCCUACACCCUCACCCCCUCCAGCCCCCAAACUCCUUCCCAGCCUGCCCCCCUUAUCCCCUCCCAGAGCCCAACCCCUCACCCCCUCCUGCACCCAA